CGAGGGGGCUUUGGUCUGACGCACAGACUCUUGUUUUCAUCUGAAUGGUCUGGCUGUUCCCGUUUCCUUUGAUUGAUGAGUUGAAGGAGAGCGUUUGAUGUAGCCUACCUUUUUUCACCCCUUAUUCAUAUCUGAAAGCAAUUCAUGAGCCUACAGGAGUCGUGUCCUGUCCCCUUUCCCUUCUCACCAAGGAAAAACAGUCCCGAGGUGCUGGAUGAAGUUUCUGAAGCGUGAAAUAAAAUUGCGUCACCAUUUUACCUGAUGCAGAGAAGUUCCUCCGGGCCUUUUUUAAGACAAGAUGAUCAUUAUUAGUAUUUAGUUAUUUGAUUCCAAUCAUCCCGAUUUGGUCAUUGUGUGCUCCUCCGUUAUUCGUUUCUAUUUUUUCCAUUUUUGGAGAAGAGACUGGCGGAUUUGCAUAUACGGACUUGGUGAAUCUGUGCGCGCGAGGCAAGCAUCACACACCUCUCUUCCAAGGAGCAAGCCCCACCCGGGCAGCGUCUGGGGCUUGCGUCCUUCACGAGAUAAUUACGUUAAAAUCGCUCGGUAUGUUUUUGAGAGUAUGUCUGACAGACUCCUUUAGCGCGUGGCUUCAAAUUCGCAUGUUCACAUUUUCGAUAGGCUUGUUUUUUUUGUCGAUCACCGGUAGAAGACGGGAGGUAGUCUAAACAUUUUUGGACGAGGAGAAGAACGAAACAUUUCGACAAUUAUUUUCGUGUUUUUGGACUAUGUGACAUCAAACGUCACAGAUAUUUAAUGAUAAAAUAUGACCAAGUACGGAUAUCGGAAAUGUUGUCAGUUUGGAAAACCUUCUUCUCUACAAGGAUUCACGCAGUCAAAUUCGAAAUCAUUUGACAACAGCGGUGACAGAUUAUUAGUUGUUGAAUGGCCAUGAUAAAAUGACAACGCAAUGUUCUGUAUCUUCACCGAAAUGUGGUAUUUGGACUUGAUUGCGUAGUGUCGAAAUGUUUUUCUGACGGAUAAAGAAGAUACAUUUUAUAGACACAACUAUGGGGCUGUAGCUGCAGACCGAACAUAAUCGCUUGUUGUUCCGUCUGCGCUCCGUGCCCAACGGGAAACGGGGAACGGGCUCUGUGUUUCCUUUUCCCCGGGUUGUUUCGGUUGAGACAUGGCAGCUAUUGCCAGCGGUUUGAUACGACAGAAGAGACAGGCACGGGAACAACAAGUCCACCGGCCGACGCCACACCGACGGAGGCGAAGCCCCAACAAGAAUAAAGGACUUUGUAACGGGAAUUUGGUCGACAUCUUCUCCAAAGUGAGAAUCUUCGGCUUGAAGAAGAGAAGGCUACGGAGACAAGAUCCACAGCUUAAGGGCAUAGUGACCAGGUUGUACUGCAGACAGGGAUACUACUUGCAGAUGAACCCAGAUGGAUGUCUGGACGGGACCAAAGAUGACGGCACUAACUCCUCCUUGUUCAACCUCAUCCCAGUGGGCCUUCGAGUGGUGGCCAUCCAGUCAGUCAAGAUGGGUCUGUACAUCGCCAUGAACGGGGAGGGACACCUCUACUCAUCAGAGCUGUUUACAGCAGAGUGUAAGUUUAAGGAGUCUGUGUUUGAGAACUACUAUGUGAUCUACUCGUCGAUGCUGUACAGACAGAAUGAGUCUGGGAGGGCCUGGUUCUUGGGCCUGAACAAGGAAGGACAGCCCAUGAAGGGCAACCGAGUGAAAAAGACCAAACCAGCCGCUCACUUCCUGCCCAAACCUAUAGAAGUUGCGAUGUACAAGGAGCCGUCGUUGCACGACGUCAGGGAGACAUUGCCUAAAGUUGCCGGAGUCCCGCCCAGCAAAAGCACAACCAGCGAACCAGUGGCCAUGAACGGGGGCAAACCAAUCAACAAACCUGACCCGAAGGAGACUGCAACAUAACCCUGCCCCCUCCUCUCCCCCCGCACGACAGAGACUUGAGACUCUGCCCACUGCACUCAAACUCUCACCUUGAUUGGUCAAUUAUGGGCUAAGUCCCACCUCCUCUCUCUUUCUCUCGCUCAUUCUCUCUCUCUCUCUCUUUCUCUUUUUGGCUGAUUCGGUGCAGUGGUGUUCGAGAUGAGGAAAUGGACCACUCCAUUUGGGGGAUGGGGGAGGUGGAAGGGAGAAGAGGAGGGGAGAAGGAGGAGGAAGGGAAGGAGGAGGAGGGGGAUUGGCUGAUUUGUAUCGGCUAGAUAAACUACAAACUUGGACAGCAGAAUGCCCUACCUACGUGAUACGGAAUGCCUUUUUCAAAUCCUUACAAUUAUUUUUCUGUGACAAUCUGUGAGAAUGAUGACGAAGCGUUUUUUUCCCUCUUCCUUUUUGCCAGGUAGCCUUGCCUGCUGAUGGCUACCCAUAAGCCCCCUCUCUCACUCUGACGCACUAUAGCAACAGAGUCCAUCCAUAUUGACCACAGUCUGUUUGGUUGUCUGUUUACCAAUUUGUUUCUUUAUAAUUCUAUACCCAAAAUGCACCAGCGACCGUCUGGAUAGAUUGUUGUACAGACACAAAACAGGAUUGUCAUCUUCUAUUUUUCAAAUUAUUGUCUCUCUCUCUCUCUCUCUCUCUCUCUCUCUCUCUCUCUCUCUCUCUCUCUCUCUCUCUCUCUCUCUCUCUCUCUCUCUCUCAUUCUUUCUUAGCUUCUCUCUCUCCCUCCCUCUCUCAUUCCUUCAUUCUAUCUUAGUUUCUUUCUCUCUCUGUUUCUCUCUCUCUCAUUCUUUCUUAGCUUCUCUCUAUCUCUACCUCCACAUCUCUAUUCUAUUUCUUACUAUCACUAUUUUCUCUGUGUGUGUUUGUAGGUUCAUUUAGGCAGUGAAUGAUACAGGAGGGCAAUACUUGUAUUUUGUAAGACAUGUAUAGAGGGAGAGGACUGGGGCUGGGGAUGAGAUGUUCAUGCGUUGGUAGUAUUGAGGAGGUAGCAGAUGCAAUGCAUGGUAGAUAGGUAGAGUGCAUGGUAGCAGAGUAGCUAGCAUGCUCAGAGAAGCUAUGAGUUUCAAUCCCAGAGCCAUGGUCAAUUCAGGACAUGAAUUGAAAUUCCAAUUCAAUAUUUUGAAAAGUGCCAAAAGUUGCACAAGGGUGACCGACAUGUAGCAUUUUCACUGGCAACGUAUAGGUAACUGCCCAAAAUAAUGGAAACACUUGAGUAAAUGAGGGAUGCCAGGUAUAUUGAAAGAAUGUGCUUCCACACAGGUGUGGCUCCUGAGUUAAUUAAGCAAUUAACAUCCCAUCUUAGGGUAAUUUAUUUUUUUAAAUCCUGGGCAGGCCAUUAUUUUGGCUACCAUGGCUAUGCCCCCCUAGGAUGAUAAGGGUCCCCCAUCCACAGGGCACAAGUGGUAACUGAACGUUUUGAUGAGCAUGAAAAUGGUGUAAACCACAGGCAAUGGCCGCACAGUCACUAGAUCUCAACCCAACUGAACAGUUAUGGGAGAUUCUGGAGCGGUGCCUGAGACAGCGUUUUCCAUCACCAUCAACAAAACGCAGGUUAGUGUUUUUUUGUCAUGAAUCUUGUUCUGCAGAGUGGUCACUAGCUAGCUGGCACAGGCACAAAUCAUAAAAUCUGAUUUUAAACCUAACUUUAACCACACUUUUAACCUAAAUAACCCUAACCUUAAAUGAACACCAAAAAGCCCAUUUUCACUUUGCAGCUGGCCUAUCUAAGGGGAAAUCGCUCAGUUCUGCUUCGAGGACAAGACUUAUGACAAUAAACGUCAACCUGCUAACAAAACACCAAAUGAUGGAAUUUCUUGCAGAAGAAUAGUGUUGCAUCCCUCCAAUAGAGUUCCAGACAGUUCUAGAAUCUAUGCCAAGGUGCAUUGAAGCAUUGAAGCUGUUCUGGCUCGUGGCACAACGCCCUAUUACGACACUAUGUUGGUGUUUCCUUUAUUUUGACAGCUCCCUGUACAUGCACACAUAGUGAAGUUGACAAAGUCGAAGAACGUACAAAAAAUAUUGAAAGAACAGUCACUACAGAGUCACUACAGGGAACAGUCCGAAACGGACCAAUAAAAGAAGUGAUGUUGGAGGUGUGGCUGUUAGCUGGCAUUGGUAAGAGGUACGCUGCCGCAGUCCUAUAUCCGUUGGCUUUCACACUGUGACUACAAACCUCCCAUCCCAUCUUGGAGUUGUAGCUUUCUCAUUUAGAAGCCAUUGAUACUUUGACGUUACCCGUCGUUUGACUUUACCCAAACUCCUUUACCUGUCAUUCGUCUAAAUGAAAUAAGGGAAUGAUGUUGGUCUGUUACGUUUUUGUGAUGAAAUGUUUACUGUGAGGAUCAAGAUCUGUCACUUCCUGUAUAAGUAGCAGAGGUAGUUCGCUGAGCCUGUAACCGUGCCUGGGACCUGAAGGCUCACGUUAGCUCCAAGAGCUUAUAACAACAGUCAGCCACUGUAAAGCCUAUGAGCAAAAUGGGCCAUGGAUGCCGAAUUUGCCCUGUGGCCCAGGCUGCUCAUGGGCCACCUUAAGCUUGCUAGCUGGGUGAGAUCAUAGAGAAACCACUCGAAAAGGUACGGUGUAUAAAAUAAAAAAAGAUUCCACUGGGCUGUUUGUGGGAAAGUGUUGACGCAACAUUUGCUGUACUUCUUGUCCAGUGUUUUGUCUGUACCAAGCUGAACAAAAGCUGCUGUUCUUGGCAAAGAAAUGUAGACCUACAAUUUGAUGGUGUUGUGUCUUUGAGUUAAUGGUGUUUCUGUUCCUGUUGAAACCAGAGUCAUUUAAUAUGGAGAGUUGGGCCAACUGUAGAGCUGGGCACCACAUUGCUGCCUCUUGAGGAUUCAAUAUUGCCCAGUGACACGAACGUGGCUGCCAUCGAGCUCUGUGAUGUCAUAGUUCAGACUGCAUUGGCCAAACUCUCUCUAAGGUCUCUGAUUGAAUCCUGCCAUCGUUGAGCUCUAUGUGCUGCUGGAUUCUGAAUCUCUAACUGACUACUUCAAGUAAGACUGGAUCAGUUUUUGUCAAAUUGAAUUGACUUUGACUGUGCAAAUGUACAAACCUCUCUCUCUUUCUCUCUCCCUUUCUUUCUUUCUCAACAUUCCAUCUCAUUCUUCCCCUUACCCCUGCCCACCCCUCUCUCUAUCUCUCCAUCUGUCUCUCUCUCUCUCUCUCAGUCUAUACGUCUCUCACCUGUUGCAUGGUAAACAAGAAAGGCAGUGGAGAUAAGCAUGUAGUACUGUAGCCUAUGUGUAUCAAGUCAAAACAAAAAUAAGAAAAAAAAGAGAUUGUGUCGGUAAAUGUACCGCUAACUUUACAUACAUAUAUAUGCAAAAGAGUUUGUCUGCACUGUACAGUUUGUGUCUCCAUUGUAUACACAGAUACAACAUAUUGAAUAAAAUAUUUAUAUGAAGGA